AUGAGAAUGGUUUUAGGAACGUUGAUUCUUCACAAUACAACAAAGAUUGGGAACAAAAUUUCAAAUAAAAUGUGGUUUGAUUAUUAUUCAUACAUGAAAAAUUUAAGGAAAAUGAGGUUAGAGUAUGUUGCAAGAGAAUUUUCACAAAAUAAUAAUACAAAAACUUUUUUUAAUAAUAAUUAUUUUCUGGCAAUAAUUAGAGACCCCAUUGAAAGAUUUAUAUCAAGUUUCAUAAGUAAAUGUGUUGUAGAAAAACCAUGGAAGUUGCAUCCUGGUAAUUGUUUGGAGUGUUUUGAUAAUAUUACUUGUGUCAUUAAUACUUUAUACAAAAAUGUUAAACAAAUGACAUUAGAUCAUUCAAAAAUAAAGAAUCAUGACUACUAUACUCAACAUUUUGUCCCACAAACAUGGAAUUGUGAAUUUGAUAAAUAUCAAAAAUAUUAUAAGAUUAUUUUUUAUGAAGAUUCACCUGAAGGUUUAAAAGUAUUUUACAAUUCUCUUUUACAGUUUUUUAAAAAAAUAGGAAUACCAAGUAAAUAUUUAAAAAUAAUUCAAAAAACUAUAACAACAAAAAGAUCAUUUAAUGCAACUCAUGGUAAAUCUAUUAGAACAAAUGUUAAAAAAAUAAUUUUUAAUGACCCAAUUUUACUAGAAAAAUUGAUAAAAAUUUAUUUUCAAGAUUACAUUCAAUUCAAAAUACCUUUUCCAAACAAAUUUAAAAUAUGA